UCCCUCCCAGUUCGCCCCGGCCUUGCUGUACCUGGCCGCCGCCGCCCGCGUCCGAGAGCAGGCGUGCCCGGUUUCCAAGGCGAUCAGAUGACGAGAUGGCAGUGAGCGGCCGGCGCCCUUUCUUCUCGAUCGGCUCCUCCUCGCUGCCUGAGCCCCCUUCGAGAGAUUUUACACAGAAAACAGCAUCAUACCCCAGAAAUGAUUUCACGCUUUAAACCGUGAACCGACGAUGAACGACUACCGCCUGAUAGCAAAGAUAGGCGAGGGGACGUUUUCAGAGGUCUGGAAAGCACAAAGCUUAAAAGAUGGGACCUACUACGCCUGUAAAAAGAUGAAACAGUAUUUCGAAAGCUUAGAGGAAGUGAACAAUCUACGUGAAAUUCAAGCUAUGCGCAGACUGAGCUUGCAUCCUAAUAUUCUUCAGCUACAUGGUGUGGCUUUUGAUAAAAAAUAUGGGUCUCUUGCUCUAAUAUGCGAACUCAUGGACAUGAAUAUCUAUGAAUUGAUACAAGGGCGAAGGCAUCCUUUACCUGAAAGUAAAAUAAAGAAUUAUAUGUAUCAGCUAUGCAAGUCCCUUGAGUACAUGCACAGAAAUGGAAUUUUUCACCGAGAUGUAAAACCUGAAAAUAUCCUAAUUAAGCAAAACUUGCUGAAGUUGGCAGAUUUUGGUUCCUGCAGGAGUAUGUUCUCAAAGCAGCCAUAUACAGAAUAUAUUUCCACCCGAUGGUAUCGAGCCCCAGAAUGCCUACUUACUGAUGGGUACUACAGCUUCAAAAUGGACAUCUGGAGCACAGGCUGUGUUUUCUUUGAAAUAACCAGCCUACAGCCACUAUUUCCUGGUUCUAAUGAAGUUGAUCAAAUUGCAAAAAUCCAUGAAGUUGUUGGUACUCCAAAAUCUGAAACUCUGAGAAAGUUCAAACAAACACGAGCUAUGAGUUUUAACUUUCCAAAAAAGAAGGGAAUAGGAAUAUCGUGUCUCAUUCCUCACAGUUGUUCUGAGACUAUUUCAUUGAUGCAUGCAAUGAUGGAGUACGAUCCUGAAGAACGAAUCACUGCUAAGCAUGCAUUGCAGCAUCCAUAUUUUCAUGAUCUGAGAUUGGCAGAAAGACAAACCAAUAUUGUACAUCGUUCAGUUAAAUGCUUAGAGGGAAAUGCAAACAACUUAAGCCCAGGUGUAGUUCAUAAUCUAUGGAGAAUCCAUAAGGGACGGAAACGGGGUAUCCCUAUACGACGUCAGGUCCCUGUGGAACUGCCAAAGCUGAACGUGCCAGCCACAACAAAGCAUGCUGGUUAUCCCAAUCGGAUUCUAAAGCCAGUUUUUCCAAAAGUAUCAAUGCAUAAAACUGGAACUCUACCUCAGGUCUCAUCUGUACAGUAUCUUGGAAAAAAUAAGGAGGGCCCGUUCAAUCUUUCUACUCUUCAACAAGAGAUUUUGUCAGUCCGGAAGAGCACUGAUGAUCAGAGAUAAUUGGUUUGGUGUCCAGAACAAUGGAAAUCUACGGCAAAAUGUUACAAUUUACCCUCUACAUAAAGAAAAAGAGAUGGCUCCUGAGAACAAUUACGAUUCAAGAGUAUUCAAUAACCAUUCCUUUUCACAGAAUUCUUGUAAUGUUUUUUAAAAAUGUUUCAGAAGACCAUAUUUGUCUUCUACUAGAUUACAGGUCAACCAUUGGGUUUGUACCAUUUUCUAACUUCAGUUUUUAAUCAAGUGAUACACUAGCUCAAAGUUUGUUCACUUGAUGGUAAAAAAUAACAAUUUUUUAAAAAUAGAAAAGCCAUAAACAAAAUGGCAUAAUAUUUUAAUCUAAAAAUUUAGCACUUUAUUUUCAAACUACUUACAUUUUUAGAAAACAGAUUAAUCUAAAGGUAGACUUCCUUAUUUACUGAUCAAAAGCUGAAGAUGUGAAUUAAUAUUUACAGUCAUAAACAUUCUUCUGAGAAUCCAACAUGGAGCAAGAAUUUGCAUGAUCACCAGUCAUAAAUGAUCAAUCUGACAGAAAAAUUUCAUAUUCCAUUUAAAGUAGUAACAUUAACAUUCUCAUUUCCAUAGAAUUAAUUUUUGACUGUUGCAAAGAAAUUUUUAUCUUGGGCCAAAUUCCAACAUUCAGUAUGUUAGUUUAUUGUUGCCUCAAUAUUUUUUCUCUACAAAGUUGCAAUCAUACCAAUGAACAAAGCAGAUCAUAUGUGCACUACAGCAUAAUUUUUUUUAAACAUACACAUUUACAAGUUUUAAUCCAAUUUAAUGUUUUUGGAAUAUGAUCUUUAAUAAAUUUAUUUAUCAUAUAGCAUAUACAUUUUCUUUUGUCUUUUUUGGAGGGGUAAGCACUGACAGUUUCACCAUUUCUGAAAUUUAUCUCAAACUAAUUGUUUAAAUAUCAGAGAAUUGUGGAAUGAGAUGUGUGGCAGCAGACUUCCUUUGGAAGGUGUGUUGUUCUCUAGUGGUGACAAUUUCAAAAUUAAUUCAAUACAGUGGAUUCCAGUUAAUUAGGGCAUAUCAGAUCUAGUACAUUUUGGUCCAAUUAAGCAGCUGCCCCAAUUAGCCAAAGUUUCAAAGUUAAAAAGGUAUAAAAAAGACAAACUGAGAAACAAAACAAAUUAAAACACCACCGAUACUACUACAGCACUAUAAAACUGUAUUAGUUCCUAAUACUUAUUCACAGGGGAAUUUAUCUGCGUCACAUUCUUUUGCUGUAAAUGAACAAAAUCAGUGCAGUCAUCUGGUGCAGAUAAUGGACUGGCUUCAUAGAAUGUUGUCGACCAUUGCAUCCUCCAAAUUUUCAUUUUCAUUGUAACAUUCAAGAUGAUUGUCCAUACCUUCAAUUCUUUGUAGUUCCUAACUUGAAGUAGUGAAAUUUUCAUUUUCACUUCCAACCAGUUGCUUGAAACUGUAAUGAGCAAAACGGUUCUGAAUUGUCUUACAGCUUAUUUCUCACCAACUAUCAGUGACAAACAUCGCUGCUUUUUGAACACAAACACAUACAACUGACGCUAUUUAAAAACUGUUCUCUUGAAGCACAGUGUAGUCCAUAACGACAAUGCAAGUACAUGCGACUGAUGUUAGUUAAAAGCUAUUCAGCAAGUCUGCUGCCCCAGUUAAGCUGCAUAGUGUCCCUAAAUAAACUAAGGGAAUCCUGGCUAUUUUCUCAAUUAGUUUUUGUUCUUUAAAAGUUGCCCCAAAUAACCGAUGGCCUAAUUAAAUGGAUACCACUAUGUUCAGUUUUCAUUUGAGUAUUAAAUCCAAUAACUUCCAUAAUUGGAAUAAUAAUUGUAUUAUCCAAUUAGUAUUCAGCUACGCAUUUUAAAAUAUAAAGAUGCUGCUUUUAUUUCCUUUUGAGCAGCACAGCAGUUAGCAUAAUGCUGUCAUAGCAUCAGAAACUCUGGUUCAGUUCUAGCAGUCUGUAAGGAGUUGGUACGUUCCCAUGACCACAUGAUUUCCUCUGGAUACUCUGGUUUCUUCCCACAUUCCAAAAACAUAGGGGUUUGUAGGUUAUUUACUCACAUGGGCAUAACUGGGCAGUGGAGGUUUGUAGGGCCAGAAGAGCCUGUUACCAUGCUGUAUCAUUAAAUAAAAGAAAAUAAUCAAUGUUAUAUGUUGUUUUGAUGAUUUGUGUAAUGUUAAAAUGUAGUUUGUUAUCCAAGUACUCACAAUAACUUUUGAUGUACACAUUUAACAUGGGAUCAGAAAAGAAAAAUGUGUAGAAGAUGUUUUAUACCAACUGGAACAUCAAAGCUCAAAAUCUAUUUUCAGAGAUACAUCCUCACUAGCAGCUAUUUGAGUACCACUGCUGGAUAUAUUGCAAAAACAAAGUCAUGUAAUCUUCUGGGAAUAAAAAAAGUUUUUAAUUAACAUUUUAUGAAACUUUCUUUACAAAAUGCAAAUUACUUUACAUAGUGAGGAUUACAGUCAAAUUUAAUACAAGAGAAUAUGUUUAAGUCCCAGUGAACAAACAUUUAAGAAAAAUUAGGCAAGCAAAAUAGGAACAAAUAGUGCAGAUGGAGCUUGGUAAAUGAUAAAGUAAUUUAUCGUAAUUUGCUAAAGCUCAAACAAUAAGAAACAGUGAGAUAAGCAAUCCAAGUGUGACAUUUCAAAGAUUGCUAGUUGGAGAUGAAAUCUAUGAAAAGGUACAUGUAAAAAGAUUGCAAAAUACAAACAAGCAUGUAAAGAUGUAACGAAUAGAAUAUUGUGUGUAAAAGAACAAACAUCCAUUUUGUAAGAGAUGAUAGCCAAACAUUGGUACUCAAAGAAACCUGGUGUCCUUCUAAAUAACUCAGUUUUCUGGCAGGUGCAGCAAAUGCCAUGUUACCAUUUAAUGGAAAAGGGUUAAAUCUGAAGAUAUUUAUCAAUUAUAAGAUUCCACACAGGAAAUUGUAUAUAGUUUUAAAUUCCCUGCUGAGGGGUUAGUGAGUGAUAAGUAGUUGAGUAAAUGCAAAGAAUGAGGUCAAUAGACAUUUGAAGUUGAAAGAUAUAGGGAGUGUUGUGGAAUAUGGAAUCUAAAUAAAGAAUCUACUACAACCUUUAUUCAUGCAUGUUUAGCACGAUGAUAGUAAUUCCGCACCUUCAAACUUUAUAUUUUGCCAGUUUUUCGAGAAAGUAACAUUAUAGCUUUCAGAAACAGCAGAUAGUUAUUAUCCAGAUAAAAACACAGAAAAUUCUGGAUGAUAACUGCAGUUGUCAGAGAAAAUUGUAUAUUCCACAAGCUGUCAAAUAAUUAAACUGAAAUCAACUUGUGCAUAUCUUGGAGUUAAGUGCCACGCUCAAAAUAUUUCACUUAAAUCACCAACUUUAAUGGAUGAACUACCAGAUCUUCUAAAUCACAAGAACUUAAAAGAUCCAGAGACUGAUCUAUUUUCUACCAUUUUGUUUAGUGAAAUGGGUCAUUAAACUGAAUGAUCUGUUUCUCUUUCAACAAAUGCUGCCUGGCCUACUGAGUACUUUUUUUAAAUUUCAGAUUUCCAGUAUGAAAUACUGGAAAUAUUUCAAAUUUGCCUUCAUGUUAAAACAAUAAUGUGAGCACAAGCUCUUAAAGGUCUAUUUUAUCUAAACCUCAAAGAUGAAGGCACGUCUAGAGAUGUGGAUACUACAGAGAGAGUGCAGAGGAGAUUUACAAGGAUGUUGCCUGGAUGGAGAGCGUGGCUUAUGAUAAUAGGUUAAGUGAACUUGGCCUUUUCUCCUUGGAACAAUGGAGGAUGAGAAAUGACCUGUUAGAUGUGUUUAAGCUGAUGAGAGGUAUUGAUUGUGUGGAUAGCCAGAGGCUUUUUCCCAGGGCUGAAAUGACUAACACAAGGGGGUAUAAUUUUAAGGUGCUUGUAGGUACAGAGGGGAUGUCAGAGGCAAGUUUUUCCCACACAGAGUGGUGGGUGUGUGGAAUGUACGGCUAGUGACAGUGGGAGAGGUGGAUAGAAUGAGGUCUUUUAAGAGACUCUUAGAUAGGUACUUGGUGCUUAGAAAAAUAGAGGGAUAUGUAGAAGGGUAACUCUAGGCAUUUUCCAGAGUAGGUCACAUGGUCGGCACACCACUGUGGGCCAAAGGGCCAAUGUUCUAUGUUUUAAAUUAUACUGUUUUCCCUUUAAAUGUAAAUUGUGAAGUCUCUGAUUCUGCCAAGUUGAGAAACAAUAUCAAGCCAGAAAUGGGAAUUUGAGAAUUUAGAAUUAAAUAUUGGGAGUACCAUGGUGAAUAAGACUGUAGAAACAAAAAGUUACAAAUACAAUGCACUAGAUUUAUAGAAUUAACAAAAUCCAUUUUCACUUUGCCAAGUCUGCAUUUUUAAUUUAUUGAAACAGUUAAAAGAGAAAGCUUCCAUAAGAAUCAAGAUGUUCAAAUUGCAAUAGUAAUAAAUUUGUUAAAAUCUUAAGUAUUAUUACAUUGGUGGUGAUGGUGAACUGGAGAAAGAGGCAGUGGAGAAGCUGGAUGUUUUUAUUAACCAGGGGUACUUCUAUUUUAAAUUGUUUAACUCAUUUUUAAAAUACAGCAAAGAAGGUAAUACAUUUGUAACUGAUUGUCAAAUGUAUGCUUGGGAUUUACAUGAAAUUAAAUCUCUCUAGUUCUUUGCUUGUAAAUUUUGUCUGGGUAAUAUCAAACACUCAGUGUAUUACAUGUAGUGUUGGACGUGUUACAAUCUCCUUAAAAAAUAGAAAUAGAAGUUUCUUUUCAACAAUUCUGAGAUCUAGUGUAAGAACGAAUAUUCAACAUUUUAAGCAACACACACAAAAAAAUGCUGGUGAAUGCAGCAGGCCAGGCAGCAUCUAUAGGAAGAGCUACAGUGAACGUUUCAGGCCGAGACCCUUCGUCAUCUGCAGAUUUCCUCGAGUUCGUGUUCAACAUUUUAAAAUCCUUUUAUAUGAAUUAUAUGUUGAAUCAAAUGAUUUAGCAUGCCACAAACAGUUAAAAGCUGGUACAACUUUCUAUUCUCACACUAAAUAGACUAAAUAUGAGGAUUUUAACUUUCUACCUUAAGCCUUAAGAUAUAGAAACAUAGAAAAUCUACAGCACAAUACAGGCCCUUCGGCAUAUAAAUGGGCUGUUAAUCUAUUUCAUUAAGCACAGAUAGGUUUUACUAACUAAUUUAUGUUCAUGUACACCACGUCAAAAAGACUGGUAGUAUUUCGUCUCAACAUACAGGCACCCAAAUUCUACAAUAAUUACUAAUUUCCAAGUUACAUGCAGUACCUACUAGGGAAACCUACCAAAGUAGUUCUGCAUUUUGGUCAUAGGAAACAAGAUUCAGUAAUUUCUCUCUGUGGUUAUCCAUUAAAUCCAAGAAAAAUUUGUGAUAAAAGCUAAGUUAUUAUACAGAUUGAAAAGUUUGCAUAUAUUUAUUUUUAAAUACAAUAUUAAAUUACAUAGAUAUUUAAUAUAUUGACAAACAUAAUUCCUAAUUUAGAGCAAUUAGAUCAUGUAAGGUGAAAAAAUACUGUAGAUCUGGAUGAAUUCCACAAGAUAUACAUUAGCUCAAUAUGCAUCAAGUACUGUUAAUUUGUCCAAAAUCAGCUUUUACUUUUAAAAACAAAUCAAAAAUGAUUAGUCAUUUUGAUAAACUUUAAAGGAAAAUGGAGUCAAUAGACUGGUAAAAAUAGCUACAGUAUUUAUGGAAAGGAAAAUGGCUUAAAUUCAUAUUUGUGAACACAUUAACAAUUUGUAGGUAAAGCUCUUGUAUAUUCAGAAUAUCAAGGCUAAUUAUUCUUGCUCCCCUCUGAUGGAAGGUUCCUAUUGCAGUUGUACAGAAUUUUUCCAGAUAGUUGAUGCAGACUGCCCCUUUUAAGAGUAGCCGAAAUAGAUUAAUAUCCAACUUUGAUAUUCAAAUACAUCUUAAUACAUCAACAUCUCGAUACUACAGACAUCUUACUUAAACCUCAAAGCAAUUGACAUGCUUACCUAAUGGCUUUUGAUAUAUUUACCAGCAUCUCAAUAGCUGCUUAAUCUAUUUUGAUAGGUUGCUAUGAGAAAAUAACCCUCAUCAACAGAAUAAAUUCAAGAUAGUUUAAUGUCAUUUCCUGUACACUAUAAAGGAGAACAAAACAACUGUUACUCUUGAUCCAAAACAAAAAAAACACAUAAAGAACACAAUCACAAUUAAAAAACAAUACGUAAAUCUAAGUGUAUAAGAGAAAAAAAAAAUAUAUAUAGUAUGUCCAUGAAGUGAUGCUAGCUGCAGGAGUCGCUGUACAUGAGGUGACUGGCAGGAAUCGAUCAGUAGUUGGGGGCAUGGAAGGGUGGAUUACUGGGUGGAGGUAUUCAUCAGCCUUACUACUUUUCCUGCACCUUUGAAUAUACAUGUCGUUGAUGGCAGGUAGACUUGUGCCAGUGAUGCGCUGGGCAGUUUUGACUGUCCGUUUUUACUUGUCUAGCCCCAUGCCUCGAGCUUUUCGACCUCCUCUCUGCAGGCUGUCUCAUCCUUGUUGAUGAGCUCUGACACUGUUGCAUCAUUGGUGAGCUUGACAAUGGGAUUACUCAGGUGCUUGGCCUUGCAGUCACUUGAGCAAAGUGUACAGCAGUGGGCUCCGCACACAGCCCGCGGGUCAUCAGUGUUGAUGAUUAGGAGGAGGGAGGAACAGUUGUGCAUCCCGAUUAUCUGACCACAGUUGGUUAAGUCUAACACCCAGUUGCACACUGGUAUAUUUAGACUGAGGGGUAGGAGACUGUUCACAAAGGACUGUGGGACGAUAGUGUUGAAUGCUGAACUGAAAUCCACGAACAGCAUUCUGACAAAAGUGUCCUUGUUUUCUAGGUGUCAGGGCCAGGUGCAUGACAGAUGCUAUGGCAGUUGUCAUAGAGCAGCUCUGUCAAUAAGCACAUUAGUGCGUGUCCAAUGCAGCAAGAAUGAAGUUUCUGAUUUGUGCCACUAUCAGCCAUUCAAAGCACUUCAUGACGAUUGGCAACAGUGCCACUGGGCAGUCAUCAUUUAGUUCUGAAGGUGUGGAAUUCUUUGGUACAGGGAUGAUGGUGGCUGAUUUGAAGCAAGUGGGGAUGGCAGCCUAGAUGAGCGAAGUGUUGAAGAUGUCCAUGAAGAUGCCAGUGAACUGGCGUGCAUACUCUUGAGUUUUAUUUGGGCAUUCUCCCCUCCAUUUCCCAUAAACCAGUUCUAAAUGAUAAACUCCUCAUUGACCCAUAUUGCCAAAAGUACAAAUGAAAGCACAAUGCAAAAGUACCCUCCUCUAUGAAAUAGCCAAGAGCAAAGGAGUUUUUAAAAAGCUUAUAAGAGGAAGAGACCAGAGAUUGCGGAUGCUACAAUCUGAGCAAGAAAAAAAAGGAACUCAGUGGGUCAGGUAACAUCUAUGGGACAUCUCAGUUUCUGUACAGAUUCAGAGCAAUUUGUACAGUUACAGGACAUUAAAAUAAAUGUAUUUAUAAUGCAAUGCUUGUCAUACAUCAAAACCCUUCUAAUAUAGAGCAAGGUCAUUUUUUUUCCCCAAGAGAUAUUUAUGUUGAUAUCUCAUGGGUUUCCCCAUUAUGCAUGCCUAUUUUUUUUUGACGAGAGCGUUAACUUGCCAGAAUUUUGAUCUCUGGUAUUUAUGAAAGGUUUUAGGUUUGUGCAACAGGAGGACAUAGGAAAAGCCACACAGGAUGGAAGACAUCCUGGAAUAGAAGAAAGCACACGAGGAGGAAGGUAUUAUAUAUCAAACUCAUGAACUGAGAUGACAUAGAAAAUUAAGAAAAUGAACAAUUCAUUAUUUUUAAUCUGGAAAAGCUUGAAGCCUGUAGAAUUCAGAUAGGGACCCAACAUACUAUCAUGCAGAACAGCCCUCAGUGUUGAGCAUUCCUGCUGUCAGCAAAAUAUUGCAUAGUCAAAAGAAUUAGCAUAAAGUGUUUUGCACUCUGCACGCUAGAAUGUUAAUUUUGUGAACAUUCUUUGCUAGUAAUAUUUUAUGCCCACAAUUAUAUUGAUCUCUUUUAAUAAAUAUUGUUAGACAAAGGCCUUCUUACUGCACUUAUGUUGGUAAAAAGAAAUUCAAACACUGUUGGAUAGAGAUUGUCUUAAAUAUUAAAUAAGUUUUCUCCCCCCACUGUUAGGUCCCGAGCUCUGAUUUUGAAGAACUUUCAAGGAAAAAGAAAAAACACAGUAAGUAACUAAAAUACAGAUAUUAGUGGUUCUUAACUCAUUAACCAUUUUGAAAUUGGCACUUCAUGCAAGCUAUUUAAAAAAUUAAACAAAGGCAAACUUGUAUUGAAUUUUACUCCCAGAGCCAAAUAGUUAAGAUUAUCUUUGCAAAGAACAAUAACCAAAAAUAUCUGAUGCAAAAAUCAAACAUAGCAUAUUAAUUUUUUUUAAGAAACACAAGUAUAUCAUUGAGAACUGUAAAGAAUUAAUUUUCCAGGAUAAUUCAAAAGAAAUUCAUUCAUCCCAUUAGGUCCGAGCAAUGUCUGAGGCAUUAUCAUUUUACAGCCCAGAACUUGUUAGUGAUGGAUAUUAACAAGAAAUGCUGUAACAAUUGCUUACAUUAAAUGAGAAAAUCAAUUUUUUAAAAAUUAUGCAGUAUUCCUUUCAAAAUGCCUUGUUUUAAAUAUUUUAAGCAAACAAAAUUUAAUUUUUGAAACAUUUCUGAACCUAAAU